ACACCUGAUCGACUAGACUUCCUGGUUAAGAUCCCACGCAUGCUUUGCUCUCUUUACACGUUUUCUUCUCGUUUCAGAAUUAUCUCAUGAUGGCGAAGGACAAGUCUUUGAAAUCAAAGUCUAAAAAGAACAAGUUGACCUCAAAUGACAUUCGGGAUGUUGCAGAAGAACAAGUGGAGACCAAAAUAAAAAAGAAAAGGAAACAUGUGGAAGCUGAGGAGGCUCUGGUACAGAUUCAUCCAGUUACAAACUCUCCAAAUGAUAUAAAGUGCAAAAAGGACAAGAAGUGCAAAAAGAAAAAGAUGAGUCAAGAAACCCACACAAAGCAAACUGAGAAUCCAGAUCCAUCCAGCUGUUCUGAGGAGAUGCAUGAGAAAGAGGGACGAGGGGACAACGAGCAGGACCUGAGCCCCGAAGAGUUGCGGGUCCUGGAGAGGAAGCUGAAGAAGAUUCGGAAAAAAGAGGAGAAGAAGAGGCUUCGAGAAGAAGGACUGACUCUUCCAAAAAAACAGGCCGUUGGACCAAGUGCAUCAGAACAGGCCUUGGAUUAUCUCACAUGCUGGGCUGAAAAUCGUUCAGCGUGGAAGUUCCAGAAGACCAGGCAGACGUGGCUACUGCAGCACAUGUUCGACUCCGAAAAGGUUUCAGACGAUAAGUUCUCGGUGAUGCUUCAGUAUCUGGAGGGACUUUGUGGACAAGCGAAGGACACGACGGUGCAGAAAGCUGUAUCUGUGGUGGAAGACUCGGGACAAGCGACGGAGGACACAGAAGUCCAGCAGAGGGCGCAAAGAGCCAGAGAAGUCAUCCAGCUCCUGUCCUGACCCCACAGCACCUAAAGGACUAAAUCAGUCAAACAGAAUAA